CAAUACAGAUUCGCAAAACAUCGAUACGUUUCGUGGUUUCUCGUCGAUUGUCAGAUUUGACCACGCCUUUUAUUUACAUCGCAUGGGGCUGUGUGGAUGAACACCAUGGAGAGGAGGACCACUGCAAUGAUAGUGACAAACGCCAUUAAUGGAUGAAUAAACCAAUAAAUGCAGUAUUAAUCAUAUGCAUCCGUUAACCGCUGGAAUUAUUAAUUUAGGGUGAUAAUGGCAGCUGUGAGUCUGACGGAUCCGCUUUGCAAGCCUGGCUCUUACAGCCCACAUUUCAAAGUUGAGGUGUGCGUGAGGAAGCCCUUGAUGCCCGUCCACCUGAGCAGUGAGCAGGUGGCUCUGGAGAUGCUAUGUCUCUGCAGCCAGUUGGACCUACUGAUCAGAGCUCAGGUCCAUCAGCAGUUUCAGGAGCAGCUCAAACAGGACACAAGUCCUGAAGAGUCUAAGUGUUUUCAAAAACAAGGGGCAGAGAUAAUAUAUCAGAUGAACCAGUGCCUUGAACAUCUCAAUGAACCUGUGCUUCAGCUUGAGGAGUAUUUGGAUGUUGUAGGAUUAUCUGCUCUGUUCCCUCGAGUGGAAGUUUAUAUGAUACACGGCAGCCCUAUUGACAUGUUGGAAAGAACACCUUCAGAUGAUUAUUUUCCUCAUGUUGGGAGGCUGAAUCAGCUGCUGGUUCUCAGUCAGCAGUUAGAUGAAGAUGUGAAGCAUCUGGGCAGUCAUAAGUACAUCGCACAUCAGCUAUCAGCAAUUUAUCAAGUCCUAAACUCUCUCAAAGAUAUUUUGCCAUUGUCCAUCAUAAGAAAGGAUAUUGAGGCUAAUUUCAAGCAGCUGAAGAUGUCUCUUACGAUAGAGGAGGGGUCUAAGCUGGAUCCUCAGUUGCCAGCAGAUCGCGUGAGCUGGGUGUCAGAAUUAACACAAAACGUGAUAUCAACGGUACUGUCACUCUCAGAAGAGCUCACAGAAGACCUCAAUCCAGUCAUGGAAUUUGUCUCUAACCUCUCGUAACAGUUAGAUCUACAGUGCCUGAAGUGGAUGGAGAGAAAUAGUCACAGAAUGAAGUGAUAAUUAUUACUUUUUUUGUAUUUUAUUUAUUCAUCUGUACACACCACAUAUAAGACUGUGAUAAUGUGAUCCAGAUAUAUUUCAAGACCUUGAAAAAUUAAAAUGUUUACAUUAUAAGUACUACCACUUAUUAAUAAUUUAUUUUAAACAUUUAAGAUAUUAUUUUGCAUUGUUGGCUCAUGAUUUUCAAUAAAUGUAGACGAUCAUUUAAAAAAAAAAAAAAAAAACCUUGUGCAAUAAUGUAUUUUAUAAUGCAUCUGUAUACUUGAAGUGACUGUUGCACAUGUUCUUUUACAUUCUGUACAUGAUGGUGCUAGCAUUGUUCAUCAGCAUCACACAUGUGAUUAUAUAUCCAAAAUAAACUCAAACAAGGUAAUCAGAAUCGUA